GAAAACAAAAUGGCGGUCGGUUUUAGCGGAGCUCUUCAAUUGACAGAUUUGGAUGAUUUCAUUACUCCAUCGCAAGAAUGUAUAAAGCCGGUAAAAGUAGAGAAAAAGCCAGGGCAUUUGGCAAAAAUCAAGAUUGAAGAUGAUGGAAGUUACAUUCAGCUUUCUGAGGGUGGAGAGAAAACCAAACUCCAACGAGCACAAAUAACACUAAAUGAUUGCCUGGCUUGUAGCGGCUGUAUAACAUCAGCAGAAAGUGUUCUCAUAACCCAACAGAGUCAGGAAGAGUUGUACAAGAUUAUAGAAAACAACCAAAAACUUGCCAAGGAAGGUAAACCAGAUGGGCAAAAACUGAUAGUAGUCUCUGUAUCUCCUCAAUCACGUGCUUCUGUUGCAGCAAAGUUCCGAUUAAACAUCACCGAGACAGCUAAAAAGUUAACAGCUUUUCUCAAAAAUCUUGGUGUUCAUCAUGUUUUUGACACUACUUUUUCAAGGGAUUUUAGUCUUACAGAGAGUCAACAAGAGUUUGUUCAGAGAUUAAAGGCACAGCAAUCUGGAGAGAAGGAGUCUGUACCCAUGUUGGCAUCAGCUUGCCCUGGCUGGGUGUGUUAUGCUGAGAAGACUCAUGGUAGCUACAUUUUGCCCUUCAUCAGCACAACAAAAUCUCCGCAGCAGAUCAUGGGUUCUCUAAUCAAGGAUCACUAUGGAAAAUCAAUGGGGAAAAAACCAGAUGAUAUCUAUCAUGUGACCAUAAUGCCAUGUUUUGACAAAAAGCUUGAAGCUUCCAGAGAAGACUUUUAUAAUGAUAUAUAUAGAACAAGAGAUGUGGAUUGUGUUAUUUCAACAAUUGAACUGGAGAAAAUGUUUGAGGAAAAGAAUGUGAACUUUGCUGAGCUGGAGAAUGCUGAACUGGACUCGUUGUUUUCAAGCAUUGAUCAAGAAGAACUUGUAGGCCAUUCUGGAGGUGGCUCGGGUGGCUUUCUGGAGCACAUAUUUAUUUACGCUGCUAAGGAGUUGUAUGGCCAGACUGUUGAAAACAUAACCUACAAGACUCUAAGGAACAGGGACUUUAAGGAGGUAACCUUGCAGGUCGAUGGUAAAGAAGUCCUCAAAUUUGCAGCAGCUUACGGUUUUCGAAAUAUCCAGAAUCUUGUACAGAAAAUAAAGCGGGGAAAGUCUCCAUAUCAUUUUGUGGAAGUCAUGGCAUGCCCGGCGGGCUGUCUCAACGGAGGUGGCCAGAUAAGGCCAGGGGAUGGAGAAACGUCAAAAGAGCUAAUAAGUAGACUGGAGGAACUCUACAAUUCAUUGAGAUCAAGAAAGCCGAGUGAAAAUCCAGCGGUAGAAGAUUUGUACAGAGAGUGGCUCGGUGGACAAUCUUCACAAAAGGUAAAAGAGAUGCUUCACACCAAUUAUCACGAGGUGGAAAAACUGAGCACAGCACUGAAUAUAAAGUGGUGAUGCAUUAUCGCAAAAUGUCACCCAGUCAGCAUAUCCCGUGGAAUCAUGCGGAGCCAAUCACGAUCGAGAUUUUUGCUUUGUCCAAUUAAAAGAACAACAACCGUUGACUCAACUCCGACAUCAGGCUGAUGUCAGAGUUGCUAUGCUGUUUAGCCUCAGGAGGCUCGAUAAAAAAAAUGAUAGAGUGAAAUGGUGAUUGAUAAUGACGUCAUGCCAUCCAAGAUUGUCAAAUUCUAUGACAGUGAGAACCAAAACUUUUAAUUGAUUUCUUUUGAGACUUUUUCUCGGAGCGAAGUAUCGUUUGCAAAAUCUAUUUCUUAUAAUAAUAGUCAAGUCGCAGCAGUGUAUUUUUCAUAGGGGGGACUAUUUAAAUGAGUGGGAAUACUCUAAAUUUAAAAAUAUUUUUUCAAGAGAAAAUGUAUAAGAAUAUCAGAAUAACGCGCAUGGUUUAUCUCACGAUUGCGAAGGACUCAUUUGAAAUUUGUAAGUGUUUAUUUCGAAUGUGUUUAUAUUUAAAGUUCUCAGACUCAACAUAUCUCGUGGAACCUCAUUCUACGUCUUCUAUUCUAAUGCAAAACAUUUCGCUUACUUUAAAUAAAGAUCUUACAAC